AUGUAUCGGCAAGUUAUAAUUCACAAGGAUGAUAGGAAGUUUCAGAGAAUAUUUUGGCGCGAUAAUUCUAAUGAUUCUAUAAAAUGUUUCGAAUUAAAUACGGUAACGUACGGUACAGCAUCUGCUCCAUUUUUGGCCAUAAGAUGUCUUGAACAAUUGUGCAAGGAAAAUUAUGAAACUUACCCCAUUGAAUGCGAAAUAAUUAGAAAGGAUUUCUAUGUAGAUGAUCUAAUUACCGGAGCAGAUACUCUACCGCAGUUAAAAACUAUAAAGCAAAAUUUAUUGAAGAUUUUAAAUCAAGCCAAAUUUAAUCUACGAAAAUUUAAUAGCAAUCACGUAGCCUUUCAAAGUGAAGAUUAUAUCGUAAAUUUCAGCGAGAAACAAAUUAAAACUUUAGGGAUGGUAUGGAAUUCGUACUCUGAUAAAUUUGCAUAUACAACAGACAGCAUCACUAUAAGUAAUAAAAUCAGUAAGAGGACAAUAUUAGCCACUACGGCUCAAAUUUAUGAUCCAUUAGGCCUGUUAGCGCCAGUAGUUAUAAUUCCAAAAUUAAUCAUGCAAGAGUUAUGGAAGUGCAAAUUAUCAUGGGACGUAGAAGUACCAUCAAAAAUAACCAAAACAUGGUCACAAUUUUGUAAUAAUUUAAAAUUUAUCAAUAACAUCAAUAUUAAUAGACAUAUGUAUUUGCACCAUCCUAUCAUUUGUGAAUUACACGGAUUUGCCGAUGCAUCUGAAAGCGCCUACGGUGUUUGUGUAUACAUAAAAACUAUUAAUAAUAACAUGGAUUGCUCAGUACAUAUUGCAGCGGCAAAAUCGCGGGUUGCUCCGUUACGAAACAUCACAUUGCCGCAGACAGCAUCACUAUAA